AUGGCUGUGAUAAAAGUACUCGAUGACUUCGGAUGGUUUUACAUCCGGUCGGCACGCGGCGGACUACAUUUGGUCGCCGACGGCCACAUCUUCUACGAGGACGGUGGUUCGCACCCUCGGCGAGUCACUUGGAGAUGUGCGAGGUCUUAUCAAAAAGCGGAGCGUUGUCAAGUCGCGUUGUGUCUUAGAGACGGGCGGUUGGUUUACUUUCGGGGAUCGCACAACCACCCGGCGACUUACAACCCCGCGAAACACGACUCAAGGAAAUUCCAGGUAGAUCCUAUGGGAAAGUACAAGAUCGUAGCUAGCCCGGCGCCCCGGAGGGUUCCCAUGGUGCCCGCGCCCCCCGCGCCCCACGCGGCACUCCUGCUCUAGGCCUGGCGCGACCUCCUAGUCCGCGGCCUCCUCGAUGGGAGCCAUUGACCGCGGCUGGAGCGUCGUAAAACGAUACCGCUUAAUAGAUUUUGAUACUUGUUGUACGUAUUUCCUUUAAGCACCAUCCCUUCUGUGAUAUGCUUCGAUUUGCCAACUAAAAAAGUUAUUGCUUUGACGCGUGUUUACGUUUCGUCUGAUCGUAGGUAAAUGUAAACUAACGGUGUCACAGCGGCGAUGUUGUUUAUUGGGAACGCAUGCUAAUUAGGUAUUCCUCAAAGAAACAAAACGUGCUUUAUUUCCCUUGCGUUUAACGAUGGGAUCUUGCCUAGCAGUUACAUAGUUUACGUUUCUUUCGACUCGUACAUUAUUCAGUAUAAUCGAUACGCGUAGCUAUAGUUUCCUUAUGGAACAUUAUUAUUGGGUACAUUGUAGUUCUAAACGAAUCAGAGAUUUGUUGAAAGGAAUUAAAGCAGAGUUUUGUAUCUUUAACGUUGUUAUAUUUAUUAUUCUUGCAAAACGACCAAAAAUUAUCAAGUGAGUUUUUUAGCCUACCUACCUGUUGAAUUACUCUACCAAAGAUUUUUGAGACUAUUUCUUUUUAUAUUUUCAUCUUAUUUAUAUGAAAUUUAAGCGUAUAUUUGACAGUGGCAUUGAACGUGUCACUGGUCAAGCAUGGCGAUGGAUGGUGUCAUUAGAGUUCGGUGACUAGUUGGCAGCGGCGUGCAACAGGCGAUUUCACAAUACUUGUAGUAACCUAACGGCAUCAAUUUAUGAUUUAAUGGGAAUAACGACGGGGUGGGAUAGAUAGAGACGCUUUAUGGUCGCCUUGCACCGAAUGCCUUAGCGGGUUAGCGGCUAAUGUUUAAGUGAUGAGAUGAUGACUAAGAUAUUAUUAAACGUAUGUUCUGGAUGUGCAAUAUUCUCUUACCAAAUGUUUGGAAAUUAUGUAUACAAACUGUAUAGCUUUAAUUAUAGUGUAGCCGUCUUGUUGAUGCUUUUUUAUGAAAUUCUAUUUAUUGACCGCGUCGUAGUUUGCGGACCGACUGAUAGACGAUGUUACGAAAUACUCCAAUAUUUACGAUCUGUAUUUAGCUGUAGAUGUAGUUAGUAUACGUACGUAUAACGAUGUACCAGCUUAUGAAUAAAAUAUUACGAGCGAUAGUUUUUUAUAAUAGACAUUACUAUAUUAAAUUAUGAAAAUUAAGUAGAGGCUCAUUUAUUUGUAUAUACUACAGUAGAGCGAAUGAGAAAUAGGUCAAAACCUGAUAACAGGUUUUGUAGUAUUGUCUGUUUAUUCAAUUAAAUCAGAGAUAGUGAUAGCGAUAUACUACGCAGGGCUAAUUUUAUCAUUCCUUUAUAAAAUAUCGGAUUGUGAUCUAAAAAAAUAUAAUAUGACUGUCACUGUCAAUAUUCGAGACUUUUUAGGGAGUGAUGAAAAUAUACCCUUUCCAUUAAAGUCUAUAGUAAUUAAAUCAGGGUUUUUAUACGUUCAAGAACAUUUUCUCUGAACGUUGUAUUAAGUAGAUCUGUAUCAAACCUUAAAGAGUGAUUUAUGUAAUCUUUGAGAAGUAAAAUAUGGCAUUUAUUAGUUUUGUAUUAUCUAACUGUUUAAUUUCAUGCAUAUAUUCAUAAAAUACACCUUAUUAAUGAAUAAACGUUUUAUUUGUAAACCUUUCUUUAGAAGUAGAAUAACCAAUUCUUUUUGUCUUUUUCUUCUUUAACGGUUAGAAUCCAACCGGGAACUGAAAUUUGUUCUAGUAUAAAUUUUCUUUAGAUAUACAAAUCCUAUUUUUGCAAAAUUAUUAUCAAAAGUUUUAGACGAUUUACAAGGAUUCGUAGAAAAAUGGUGAAUGUUAGUGAUCUACGUGCGACUAGGCAGAUGCGGCCGGCAACUUCGUUUACGUAGAAUAAGUUGUUCCUCAUAUUUUUUUCGUGACAACAGGUAGCCUAUGUCAUUCUUCAAAGAAAUUUUCAAGUGGUCUGGGUGCGAAAACGCAACAGACGACAAAGAUUCACCUCGUAUUUGUAAUAAAGUAUGGAUUGAUUCUGCAGAGUUAAGCAGUGAACCCGCCGA